AUGAUGAACAUGAUAUCCCUCCUCCUCCUCCCCCUACUCGCGGCCUUGCCCAAAGUAUGGGCCGGCGCUAAUGGACAAGAUAUGAACAUCACUUUUGCCUUUUUUCCAACUGAUCAGGGUGAUGCCUGCAGCUCCUACGACAUAAGCAAAGCCAUUACCCUUACCACCGAGUCAAUACCGGUAUUACAAUACACGUGCUUCAACAUGAGCGACAUCUUCUCCCAGAACAAGAGCACAGGCUUCCAACGCCUGCAAAUCAAGAGCAAUAGGAAAAAACUCCCUGGGGGUGUCUACUGGUCGAUACAGAACCAAGAGCUUUACGACCCAAAUGCGAACUACACUUGGACCUGGCUCAAGAUGGGUUCCGCCCAGCUCUCAAGCCAGGAUCCCCUGGGGCCCCAGUUGAGUCAGUGGAUCUUUUACCAGUACACGCUUGCCGAUUGCGAGCAGAUCCGGCCGGGCGAUGACGAAGGAGACGCCACGCCCUGGUCCAUGACGGACUGCGGGACGCCCGACGAGGGCUUGUGCAUGUCGACAUCGCGUCCUAUAAGGAGCUUUGCCAUCAACAGCUUGGGGGACCAGGCUCGGAGGGAGGGAGGCUGCUGGGGGUGGGAGACGUUUGGGAAUGCUGCUGCCACGAGUAGCAGGGUGGGCAGUCUGCUCGGGGCUGUAGCCGCCGCUGUGCUGGUGGCAUUGGAAUUGUUGGAUUACCAGGAUGACUGUGACUUUGUAUCUCGACCGUUUGACCUUUGUGACUCUGAGUAUAUCAGCCACUUGCCCUGGGUAGGCAAUGGUUCUUUUGCCCAAGAACGGAUAACAAGUUUGGGUUUAUCAAAGGAGCCAGAAGACGGCUUUCGAUGCUCGUUGAACACCUAUCUGAUCCAGGGCAAUUUGGAAUGA